AUGAGUUCCAAGUCUGCGGCCGCCAUUCUCCAGCGGCAGUUCAAGGACCUCACAGACCCGAAGAAGGGCAUCCCAUACUUCCACAUCGAGCUCGACAACGACAACAUUUUCUACUGGAAGAUCGGCAUCAUGGUGCUCAACAAGGAGUCGCUCUACUACGGCGGCUACUUCAAGGGCCGAAUGCGGUUCCCCGCCGACUACCCGUUCUCGCCGCCAAGCUUCGCCUUCACGCCUCCGAUCUUCCACCCGAACGUGUACAAAGACGGCCGGCUCUGCAUCUCCAUUCUCCAUGAGGGCGGCGACCCGAUCUCCGGCAUGCCGGACGCCGAGACGUGGUCGCCGGCGCAGACCGCGGAGUCCGUGCUCAUCUCCAUCAUCUCGCUCUUGGAGGACCCCAACUUGAACUCGCCAGCCAACAUGGACGCGUGCUGGUUGUUCAGGAAGAACUUCGAGUCAUACAAGGAGAAAGUCUUGGACGGCGUGGAGAAAUCCAAGAAGGACAUCCCCAAGGGCUUUGUCUUUCCCGAUCCCGAUGACAGUGCUCUCAGCGGGAACGCUGCGAACAAGGAGCUCGAGCAGGCGCAGUACGACGAGGAGUUCUGGUACGACAGCGACGAGGAGAGCUUCGACGAGGAAAGCCUCAUGGAUGAUAUCAACGACGAAGAGGACGACGAGGUAGAAGAGGAGGACGACAGUGACGUGGAGAUGGGGAAGUAA